ACAGGAGAGUCGAACCCUUAAAGCACAGUGUUUCCCCAUGGAUGUUGGCUCCCAAGGACUCUUGGUUGAAAUCCCAGACUUCACACGACUACGGCGAAGUCUUAAUCUCUUAGGAGUCUAUCACAAUGGCGACACCCCUGGGAAUGCACGUAACACACCCUGGCCGGCCAAAACGGCUCAUUGUGUGCUGUGAUGGAACCUGGAUGGAUUCUCUGGGGGAGAAGGGGGCUGAUCCGCCAUCCAACGUCACACGCAUCUCCCGCGUCUUCUGCCGGACCUGCAGCGAUGGCACCCACCAAGUCAUCAACUACUUUGCCGGCGUCGGCACCGCCAACGCCAUCGACCGCUUUACCGGGGGCGCAUUCGGCAUGGGCCUGGACCAGGACAUCCGCGAGGUAUACAACUUUAUCUGCACCAACUACGUUGACGGAGACGACAUUAUCCUGAUUGGAUUCUCCCGUGGCGCUUUCACAGCCCGCUCAGUGGCCGACAUGAUUGCCUCGGUGGGCUUGCUCACUCCUGAGGGCCUGGACCGCUUCUACGCCAUCUUUGAUGACUACGAGAACAUGGGCAACCGGGGGCGCGAUACGGACGAGUAUCUCGUUCCCGGGCUGCCCGAGUACAAUGGCUCGCACGGUCAGGCCAAGAUCGAGUGGGAGGGCGCCCGCAUGCGCAAGUACAAGCAGGGGCUGCGAGAGAUGAGGUACACGAGAGACACAUACCACGACGGCGUGACCGAGAUUAGGAUUAAGGCGCUCGCCGUGUGGGAUACGGUUGGCACCCUGGGGAUUCCCCCAGCUCCCGUCAUUGGUGUCCGCGGAUCCGCUGACCAAUGGCGCUUCACCAAUACGCAAAUCUCCAACAAGGUGGAGAAUGCAUUCCAGGCUCUCGCUCUCGACGAGCCGCGCUACGCCUUCCGGCCGUCGCUCUGGGAGCGCGUCCCGGGCAGUACCACCAACCUGAAGCAGGUCUGGUUCCCUGGCAACCACGGCAAUGUGGGCGGCGGCUGGCACGACCAGCAAAUAUCCGACAUCACACUGGCCUGGAUGUGCGACCAGCUCUCCACGCUCGGCGUCGAAUUCAACUUCGCCCGCAUGACCGCCCUCUUCCACGAAUCCCUUGGCUACUCGGCCGCCCACCCCUUCCCCUUCGCCCCCGUCAGUACCAAACCGUCCUCCCUCCUCCCCUCCCUCCCGAAGCUCGACUCCAUCAAACGCACUCUCAGCAAGCUGCUCCCCGGCGGCAAGAAGCGCGAAUGCACCAUCCGCACCCACUCGGGACCGCCCUCCUGCUUCGUCCCACACCCCUCCCCCUCCUUCACCUCUGGCACUUCUACCUCAACUUUGACAAUUUCAGAAGACCUCUUCCGCAACUGGUCCCCGCGCCCCUGGGCCCUCGGCACCAUCCGCGCGCCGACCAGCAGCCUGACCACGCUGGCAGGCAAAACGGUUCGGCGGCCCGGGCGGGUGCUGCGUGUCGACGAGACGACCAACGAGGACACGUUGGAGCCGCUCGUCGGUACCGCGGAGCGGAUCCAUUCCUCGGUCCGGGUGAGGCUUGUGUGUGGCGGGUUGGGGCUGGAUGAUAAUGGUGUGUGGAAGUGUGAGGCGCUGUUGGGGACGGGGGAUUCGGAGAGGGAUGAUGAGGAGGGUGGUUUUGGACGGUGGAGGUUGGGGUCGUCGUCGGAGUAUCCGGCUGGUGUCAUGUAUCCGGUGGGGGAGGAGGAUCAUAGGUGGAAGUGGGUGUUUGAUGGGCGAGUGGAGGGAGAGGGGGAGGGGAUGGUGCCGCAUGUGAGGGAGCUUCCCGAGGAGCCGCUGGUGGGAUACUGGGAGAGGUAUUUGUUGAAGAUGACGGUCGGGGAGGUUGAUGUAUGGAGGUAUGCCCAAAAAGGGCUUUAGGAGUGGCGAGAUUGGUGGGAGUUGAAUAUGGUUGAAAAUGGUUCCAGUCUUAAUGCAAGAUAUAACUAUGCACGUAAUGUGACGAAUAAUUUGAUCCGUUGAGAGUUGCUAG